UAAAACUGUAUAAUCACCAUCAAACAACAGCAGAAAAUCUUUGAUUGAUUAAUUGAUUCAUUUUUUGUUUAAAAUUUUCUGUUGAAUAUACUUGUCAUCCAAUAAAAUAACUAAGGAGAAAAAAAUGGCUGAAAUUUUCGAUAAAAUAAUGACUGAAAUUGAAAAAUUUCUUUCUCAACCUGGUACAAAAGUAAAUACCUAUAUGGAAAUGAUUGAAAAAUCAACUGGUAUCAAACGAAUGUACAUUGCUAAAGGUGUCUUGGUUUUCUUGAUGAUUUACAUGAUUUUCGGUUAUUUUGCCCAAUUGAUUUGUAAUUUUGUUGGUUUCUUAUAUCCAGCCUAUGUUUCGAUCAAAGCAUUAGAAAGUCGUAAUAAAGAUGAUGAUACACGUUGGCUAACCUAUUGGGUUGUAUUUGCCUUUUUCUCCGUUAUUGAAUUCUUUUCCGAUUUUAUAUUUAGCUGGUUUCCAUUCUAUUGGCUUGCUAAGGUAGUAUUCCUUGUAUGGUGUUAUUUACCAUUGGAAAGAAAUGGUUCCGAUUAUGUAUACACUAAAUUUAUACGACCAUUUUUUCUUCAAAAUAAUUCGGGCAUCGAUAAUAUAGCUAAACGUCUUGUGAAAGAAGCAAAAGAUGCCAUUUCAUCAAAAAAUGAAUGAACGUAUCUCUAAAACAAAUUCAUAAUUCCAUUUGAUCAGG